AUGAGGAGAGCUAUGAUAUUUCAUUCCUGGCAGGCCCUGAAGAAGGAACUGGGGCUGCACCAGCUCAUCCUGGAUAUCAUUGUGAUGAUCCGAGUUUGUAAAAUGUUCCGCCAAGGCCUCAAGGGAUUCCGAGGGUAUCAGAUCACUGAGACUGUUAACAGAAGGCACCCUAUCUUCUCCUUCUGGGAUAAAAAGAAGCAAGGUCGAAUCACAUUUGAUACUAUGGACUUCGUUGCAGAGUCGGGUUACUUCCCUCCAAAGGCCAUUGAGAUAACACAGAAGAAGCCUUCUUGGAGGACAGAACAGGAGAUCCAGACCCUUUGUAACGUCUUGCAGGUUCUGGAUUGCUACCGGAAUUACUCGGAGCCUCUGCAGCUGCUUCUGGCCAAAGUCCUGCGCUUUGAACGGUUUGGUCGCAGGCGUGUGAUCAUAAAGAAGGGGCGGAAGAACAACAGCUUUUAUUUCAUCUACCUGGGCAGAGUUGCAGUGACCGAGGAUGAGGAUGGCAGCAGUGCUUUCCUCGACCCCCAUCCAAUGCUGCUGUACAAGGGCGACUGUUUUGGGGAAAUGGGUCUUCUGAGUUCUUCAGUAAGGCGGGCCACCGUGGUCUGCAUGGAAGAAACAGAGCUCUUGGUUGUCGACAAAGAGGAUUUCCUUGCUAACAACCUGAACCAGGAAGUUAAAAAGGAUGCUCAGUAUCGGUUUGAUUUUUUUAGGAAGAUGGACCUGUUGCAAUCAUGGUCUGAUGAGAAGCUCUGGAAUCUGGUAACCCUGGGGAAGGUAGAGAAGUACUCGUAUGGGCAGCUGAUCUCAAAAGACAUUGUCAAGUCGUCGGCUGUCAUGUUUGUCUGCAGGGGCAGCUGUGAAGUCCUGCGGCUGUUAGAUCUUGGUUCCUCGCCUUUCUACUACAAGUGGAUCUGGCAGCAUCUGGAGCUGAUAGAUGACAGAGCACUGAAGACCAACCUCAAAGAAUCUUCUCCUGUACAGAGAUUUAAGGAAUUCCAGAUCAAAUCAUAUCCUGUACAGGAUUUUAGUUCUCUGAAACUUCUGCAUCUCCAGAAAGCCUGGGAGCAACAGGGGACCAGCUUCAGUAGGAAAAUUAAUACCCAAGAAAGCAGUCUUCCAAAGACCCUGGGCUCAAAGAUCAAAUCCAGGAGUCCUCAUCUGAUUGAGUGUCCCAUGAUCAAUACCAAGCAUGGUGAUCUCCCGGAGGAGGCUUCAGUGGGGGCCUACAUCAAGAUCCACACCAUGGACGAAGGAGAAGUCAUCGGCCUUCACCAGCUCCUCCUCCCAUAUAACCAACAAGACACGCGGCCCUUGAUCCUCCAGAGUUUGGGAGUUGAGUUGAUAACGGUGAGGAGAGAAAAAUUUCGUGAACUGAUGGACAGCAAGGUAACAGAAAAGUUGUCUAGGUUCGACAUCAAGUACCCCAGCGAUGACGAUAUGUGCCAGAAGUGCCUCAUGGAGAACAGUUGGAAUAUCUUUCGGAAGGACCUGGUGAGGCUGCUGGUGGAGCCUCGUCAACAUCUACCAUUCACCCAAAUCCGGCACAAGAAGAAAGGGAUCUACAACCCCAAGUCUCUGACGCUGGAUUUGUACAGCUUCAAUAAGAAGACUAAACCUAAUCAUCCCAUUUUUAUUGCACACGAGAAAUCCCUCCCUCCAUUGAGGGUUGUGCAAGCCAUCACAGCACCCCGGUACAAAAUCCAAGAACUCCUGCCUCAGUACAAGAAUGCUGGGGUCCUCAUUUAA